AUGGAGACCAAUGGGCCCCGCAGUGCGGAAUUCAAUCCUGAUCUCAAGCAAGAGACUACGCUGGAUGAAUCUGGCAUGGACACCCUCGAUCCAACAGACGAGAAGCGAUUGGUUCGGAAAAUCGACUGGAUCUUGAUGCCCAUCUUGAUUACCUCGUAUGCUCUUCAGUUCUUGGAUAAAACGAGUCUUGCAUACAGUGCGAUCCUCGGACUGCAAGAAGAUCUUAGUCUUGUCGGUCAAGAAUAUAGCUGGACCUCCAGCAUCUUCUAUAUUGGUUAUCUUGUCGCAUCAUACCCAAUCUCACUUGGCUUUGUGCGAUUCCCACUGGGAAAAUAUCUCAGUAUAUUGAUCUUCCUAUGGGGUGUCAUCUUGACUCUCCAUGCCGUCACCACCAACUAUGGAAGUCUCAUGGCACUUCGAACCCUGCUGGGUAUAUUCGAGAGCGCUAUCAGUCCAGGGUUUUCUUUGAUAACGGGAAUGUGGUAUACUCCCCGCGAGCAUGUCUCGCGACACUCGAUCUGGUUUGCAGGAAAUGCCAUCGCCGGAAUCAUCGGUUCUUUAAUCGCAUAUGGACUAUUAAAAUAUGAAGGGAGCUUUCCCCAGUGGAAGAUUCUAUUCCUACUAUUUGGUCUAAUGACAGUCGCGUGGUCGGCUGUGACAUUUUUCUACUUGCCCGACUCCCCACAGACAGCCAAGUUCCUCUCGCCAACGGAGCGAGAGUGUGCUGCGCUGCGUCCUUACAAAUACCAAAAGACCAUCCAGACCAAGUCAUGGGAUCGACAACAAUUUAUUGAGAGUCUGACAGACAUCAAGACAUGGUGGUUCUUGUUGUUCUCCUUUGUAAUUUGUGUGCCAAACGGAGGAACUACGAGCUUCAGUACUCUCAUCAUCAAAGGAUUCGGCUACGACAAGUUUCAAACAAUCUUGAUGGGACUGCCAGCGCCAGCCUUCCAGUUAACCACCGUGAUUCUUUCGGCAAUCCUGAGCUCCACGUUCCGCAAGUCUCGUCUGAUCAAUCUUGUUUUACUCUUCCUCAUCGCACUGGCGGGAAUUCUCAUGGUCAAGUUACUUCCGCAAAGCGACAAGAUAUCUCGACUAGCCGGAUUCUGGCUGGUCACGGCAGUCUCUCCGGCGUUCCCACUGAUGCUAUCACUGGCAGCGAGUAACAUCGCAGGCUUCACGAAGAAAGCAACCGUCAUGGCCAUGAUAUUCCUUGGCUACUGUGCCGGCAACCUCGCCGGACCGCAGUUCUUCAUCGCAUCAGAAGCACCCAACUACCAUACGGCCUAUACUACAAUCGUCAUUUGCUUUGCGAUUACCAUCGCCAUGGUCAUCGGCUUCCGGUUCUAUCUUUCGUGGGAGAACACACGCCGAGAUAAGGAGCAAGGGACGAAGAUUGAUCCGGAGGAGUAUCGCCGGGUAGAGAUCCAUACUGACGGAGACAUGCCUCAAGUGGAUCAGACAGACAAACAAAACAAGUCUUUCAGGUAUAUUCUUUAG